AAACAAUAUACUUCCCUUCAACUUCCUAUAAAUAAAACAUUAAUUUCCUACUUGAAACUCAGAGAAAGCCUGAAAACUCCACAGCUUUCUCUCUCUCUAUCUAUCUAUCUCUUUCUCCCAACUCGUCGGCACAAACAAUUAACAAUGGCGGCAUUAUGCUUCACGGUAUCUCCAGUACUCCCCCUCGGCGGCCAAACCAACAAGGACGUCACCAAACCCAGAAGCUUACGUAAGCAGCUGAAGAUAACGGCCCAGUCCGCCGCCAAUAACCCUGCAGCUGCUGCGGCCGUCACUGACGCCGUUAUCCGACAAGAGAGGAUCGAGAUGUCCACCCUGAUGGCGCCGGUGUUUCCUCCGCCGCUGAUGAGAGUGGCGGCGGAGUCGCUGCAGUACGAGAGCGGGCUGCUGGGCGCCGUCCCGAAGCAGAAGGCGGCGGGAGACGGCGGCGUCCACAAUGCGAUGAGCUACCUGACGAGGAUACUGUCGUCUAAAGUGUACGACGUGGCGAUAGAGUCGCCGUUGGAUUCGGCUCCCAAGCUGUCGGAGAGGCUCGGCGUCCAUGUUUGGCUCAAGAGAGAAGACCUCCAGCCAGUUUUCUCCUUCAAGCUGCGGGGAGCUUACAGCAUGAUGGCGAAGCUAACCAGAGAACAGUUAGCCAAGGGAGUGAUUUGUUCGUCGGCCGGCAACCACGCUCAGGGCGUUGCCUUAUCCGCUCAGAAACUGGGAUGCAACGCCGUCAUCGCCAUGCCCGUCACCACCCCAGAAAUCAAAUGGAAGACGGUGGAGAGAAUGGGCGCGACGGUGGUGCUCGUCGGGGAGUCAUACGACGAAACUCAGUCGUACGCGAAACAGAGAGCCAAGGAGGAAGGGAGAAUUUUCAUUCCUCCGUUUGAUCACCCCGAUGUCAUCGCCGGACAAGGAACAGUCGGGAUGGAGAUCGUCAGGCAAAUGCCCGGUCCCCUGCACGCGAUCUUCGUGCCCGUCGGUGGGGGCGGGCUCAUCGCCGGAAUCGCUGCCUACGUGAAGAGAGUUCGCCCCGAGGUCAAGGUCAUCGGAGUGGAGCCGUUUGACGCCAACGCGAUGGCGCUCUCGCUGUAUCAUGGACAGAGGAUAAUGCUGGAUCAGGUGGGAGGUUUCGCCGAUGGGGUCGCCGUGAAAGCUGUUGGGGAAGAACCUUUCGGGUUGUGCAAAGAACUGAUCGACGGUGUUGUUCUAGUGAGCCGCGACGCCAUUUGUGCUUCAAUAAAGGACAUGUUUGAAGAGAACAGGAGCAUACUUGAGCCAGCAGGGGCUCUAGCCAUGGCUGGAGCUGAAGCCUACUGUAAAUACUACGGGCUCAAAGGCGAAAGUGUGGUGGCGAUUACCAGUGGAGCGAACAUGAAUUUCGACAGACUUGGCUUGGUUUCUCAGCUUGCAGAUGUAGGCAGGAGAUCUGAGGCUGUUCUUGCUACUUUCGUGCCUGAGAAGUGGGGGAAUUUCAUCCAGUUCUAUAAACUGGUUGGUCCCAUGAAUAUUUCCGAGUUCAGAUACAGAUACGACGCUCACAAAGAACAAGCUCUCAUUCUCUACAGUGUCAGCUUUGGUACAACCUUCGAGCUCGAGAAAUUGCAGGACUGGAUGAAAUCUGCUAGUCUCCAUACACUUAAUCUCACUGACAAUGACCUUGUCAAAGACCAUCUCCAGUUUCUGGUACUCCCUGACAAUAGCACAUAUCAUGGUUGAGCAGCGUUUCUCCCUGUUUCUGAUCAUGACAAUUAGUAAUCUGAUGAUUUCAGGUGGGUGGUCGGUCUAAUGUUGAGAAUGAGAUUGUAUGCCGGUUCAUUUUCCCCGAGAGACCAGGCGCUUUAGGAAAGUUCCUGGACUCUUUUAGUGUCCGUUGGAACAUCACACUAUUCCACUACCGAGAUCAGGGGGAGAGUGGUGCCAAUGUGCUGGUGGGUUUCCAAGUGGCAGCAUCAGAGAUGGAUGAGUUCAAGUCCUUGGCCAACAGCCUGCGAUGCGACUACAAGUUUGAGACGGACAAUGAACUCCUGGACCUUCUACUGCGCUGAGCAAACUAUGUUAUUCUGCAGAAAGCCAGCCAAAUCUGUCGACAAUGAGCUUUCUUGGGUUCCAGGCAAACUUAUGGGCAUACGGAGUUGAAAUAAAAUGCUCGAACAUGCUUUGGCAAGGGGCGGGAAUGGAGAUGGUUGGCAUUAUUUAUCUAUGUGUAUAUGUAGCGUGAGCAAUAUCAGUUGUUGUAACUAGUAAGUUCCCAGUGUUGUUUCCUGAAGGACAGAGAGGAGAAAGAGAGGGUUUUUGUAAUAAGUGUAUUGUGCUUGUAGUGCGUAAAGUCACUAACAGUUCGUCCCAAUAAUGGUGCUUAUGUACCUGUACCAUAUGGCAUCUAGUAUCUACCAUGUACUGUAAAUUUGAUUUAUCUUGGGAAUGUAUGGUUUUGUAAUUGCACUCAGCACAAUGAAAGAGGAUUGAUCAAUGAGAGUACGUAGUUUCCAGGCUUUGUAAUUGUUCUGUACUUCUACUAACAUCCCUAUCAUGAGG